GGGGGGUGUCACGUGCAACAUGACGUCACAUGAGGAGGGAGGGGGAGGGAUCCCAUCAUGGCGUCAAUGCAGAAAUUCCAUAGAUAGAGAUACUUACGUGAAGUUUGCUUGAGCCACUACAAAUAUGGAUGCUUCAACGAAGCGGCUCCAGAAGGAACUGAUGGCUUUGCAGAAUGAGCCACCGCCUGGGAUGACUUUAAAUGAAAAGAGUGUUCAGAAUUCCAUUACACAGUGGAUUGUAGACAUGGAAGGUGCACCGGGAACAUUAUAUGAAGGAGAAAAAUUCCAGCUUCUAUUUAAGUUCAGCAGCCGAUAUCCUUUUGAUUCUCCUCAGGUUAUGUUCACUGGCGACAAUAUCCCUGUCCACCCUCAUGUUUAUAGCAAUGGUCAUAUCUGUUUAUCUAUUUUAACGGAAGACUGGUCUCCGGCUCUGUCUGUGCAAUCUGUUUGUCUUAGCAUUAUCAGCAUGCUUUCUAGCUGCAAAGAAAAGAGGCGACCUCCAGAUAACUCAUUUUAUGUAAGAACGUGCAACAAAAAUCCAAAGAAAACUAAAUGGUGGUAUCAUGAUGAUACAUGUUGAUGCUACAGUGCAGAUCCCUCUAGAAGAAGCUAGUCCUACUGAGUAAAUGAGCACUUUGAUCCUUUGAGUCUUUGAACUUUAACCUUUUGAAUAGAGGUGAUUUAAACCCGAUGAAGACUACUUCCUUUUUACUGCAUUUUUACUAGUGUGCAUUGUGGGCGCAUGUUGAUAGCUGCUUCAGCACAUGCAGCUGACAUGCUUUAUUAGUCAUACUGGAUUAAUGCAGGCGUCAGGAUGAAAUUCCAUUUUCCUUUUUUUUUUUUCUCUUAUGCUUUCCAAGAUCUCUCAGGUCCUCAUGUAUUGUGCAAUAACAAUGAUAAAUGCAUGAUAGGGCCUACUGGAUAUGUUUACCAAAUGCAGUGGGAUAAGGAGGAACCUUUCCAACAACAUAUUACCACCCAUAUCAUCAGGAUACUAUGCACUGUGAUCGUGAAAUUGGCAGCAUGGCUCAACAUGCUCGAAUGAAGCACCGUGAAACAGGAACUUUGUUUAUUUUUAACUUGUUUCCUUUGUCAGAUCGUUUGUGACUGGUUCCUGGUGAUUGUAAUGGACUGGUACAAUAUCUCAUGCCUGCAUAAAUGAGAAGUUGUAUAUAGCUACUGAUAGAUCUAGAAUACAGCCCAACAGAGAUGGUAGAGUUUAGGUGACUGUAUCAGAGCUUUAUAUCAAAAGAUAGUGACCUUAGCAGCUGCAGUCUUUACAUAGGAUCAGUUUUUGGCAACAUCUGAGCGGCUUAUUUCUAUAGACUCAGAUUUCUAAGAUGAUCAGCCUUGUUGUUUGGCUGAUCCUCUUGCUAGGGGCAGUCCCCUGCAGCUGGAUUGCACGAAGUUGCUUAUGUUUGCCAAGAACUGAAUAUCACAAUAGAUGAGCUUAUUUCUUAUACAACCUUUCUAGUUUAAAUGUCUCUGGUCAUCAGCUUACGCCUUUAUUAACUUCAUUUAUUUGUGCUACAAAAAAAAGAAAUACCACGUUUUGUGUCACUUUUUUUGUUUGAUUAUUUUGUCUUGUUUAAAAUACAAAACCAUAUUUAAAAAAACAGAAUGUUUUCAGGCAUUUUCGUUACAUUUCUCUUGAUACCUGCAGGUAACUCGUCGAUAAAGGAGUGCAAGCUUAUACAAUAUGAGUAAAAGUAUAUUUUCUUAACCCAUUCUGCUCAUAUCGACAGCAUUUCCAAAAAGAACCCCCUCCUCCUUUUUUUUUUUUUUUUUUCCUCCCCUGAGGACUGGUUACAACUGGUUUCAUUUCUUUUUCUAUACUGAAACACAAUUGUCUAAAAGCAGUUCUAAUAAAUAUUUCUUUAUUUUUAUGUUA